AUGUCAUCGGCUUCAAGGACGCUCGCAUCUCGUCUUGUGGCAGUGCCUGCCACGGCCUGUCGACGAGUGCAAAAAGGCCGCGCGAUUCGAAUGGAGUCCUUCACAUCAAAAUUUCCAACACGGAGUCGGAGUGCGCCUCGAGUAAUCCCUUUGUCCGUGCCCGCGCAUCGAUCAUUCUCAACCACCGCACCAACCCGCCACGGCCAUAUUGACCCCCCGAAGCCUGGUGAAGAACUUUACGUCACCUUUGUUGAAAAGGAUGGUGAGGAACACAAGUUCGCAGUCUCCGAAGGCGACAACCUUCUAGAUAUCGCUCAAGCCAACGAUCUCGAAAUGGAGGGUGCAUGCGGCGGCUCAUGCGCCUGCUCAACGUGCCACGUCAUUGUCACCAACGAGGAGUUUUUCGAUAAGAUGCCCGAGCCAGAGGAUGACGAAAACGACAUGCUGGAUCUGGCAUUCGGCCUGACCGAGACGAGCCGACUGGGCUGUCAAGUGAAGAUGACAAAGGAGCUGGACGGAUUAGUUGUCAAGCUGCCGUCGAUGACGCGGAAUCUACAGGCCAGCGAUUUCCAAUGA